UUUGGACUUUCGCGGCCACCACCGGCUUCAACAUGGCUGCGCCCAGGGAAAGGCGAGGCUAACGGGGAAGUGCAGACCCUGGCCCCCUCGUCGCAUGGAUCGUAACGCAGAAUUCAGGAGAUGGAAGGCGCAGUGUCUGAGCAAAGCGGAUCUCAGCCGGAAGGGCAGUGUGGACGAGGAUGUGGUAGGGCUUGUGCAGCUUCUGAAUGGUCGAGAACAGUUUUUCACCACCAGUUCCUGCGCUGGCCGCAUCAUCCUCCUAGACGGGGGUAUAAAUGGUUUUGAGGUUCAGAAACAAAACUGUUGCUGGCUACUGGUUACACACAAACCUUGUGUGAAAGACGAUGUGAUGGUAGCUCUGAAGAAAGCAGACGGUGAUGCCAUUUUGAAAUUUGAACCACUUGUUCUCCAUGUGCAAUGUCGACAGUUGCAGGACGCACAGCUGCUGCAUUCAGUGGCAAUGGAUUCUGGUUUCAGGAACUCUGGCAUAACAGUGGGAAAGAGAGGAAAGACUAUGUUGGCUGUCCGGAGCACACAUGGCUUAGAAGUUCCAUUAAGCCAGAAAGGAAAACUGAUGGUGACAGAAGAGUAUAUCGACUUCCUAUUAAAGAUAGCAAAUCAAAAAAUGGAGGAAAACAAGAAGAGAAUUGAAAGGUUUUACAACUGCCUACAACAUGCUUUGGAAAAAGAAAGUGUUACAACUGACUCACAGCCCAAAGAGAAAUUCAGAGCGAAAAAUAACUCACCACACACUCAUAAGAAGAAAAGAAACCCAGAAAAAGCACGUGGCAAAUACAUUACUGAAGAAAAUGAUAAAGGACUUGAAAAUGAUGAUAAUGAUGAUCCAGGAAUCGGUGCUACCAUCUUCCCUGAAGAUUACUGAGAUUUGGCUCUCAAGUGUCUGGAAUAACGUUUCUAGUAGAUAUUAUAAAGCUGCUCUUUAUAAGAGUAUUUUAGUUUGUUGAGUGUAUCAGCCUUUCAGAGACGCAAGAUUUAAGUUUUCUUUAUAUUUUAGAGAAACCUUUACCUUUGUUAAAUAGCUGUGUAUAAUUUUCCCUCUUAAAUACCAUCUUUUUUAGUCACACAAUUAUUGCAAAAAUAAAAUUAUGAUUUUCAAUGCCUUUCUCUGUAAGCUUCAGCUUCCACUUCUACAAAACAGGAGAACGCUAAUGCCCUUUCAAGAGAAACUUAACAUUAGGAAUAUCUGAGUAAAAAUUAUGACAACA